UAUGUGGUUAUGAAACAAGCAAAUGUGGUUAUCGGGUUUGUUUACUUUUGUUAUAGUAUUAACCGUCCUUAAAAAAAAGUGUAAUGUCGGCGGUUGAGUCCUUAGUGAGCAAACAUAAGGAUCAAUUAUUAUCAUCUGGAGUACCUCAACAAUUUUGGGAAUCUCUUUUCGACAAAUUGAUUUCACAAACCUUUGAUGCAGGAAAUUCACUCCAGUUAGUUCAAUUUGAUUAUAAUACAGAGCGACAACCUUAUGAAUCGCUCUGGGGUUUACAAGCUCUGCAAGAUAUAUGUAAAGAUCACCCGCACAAUAUAUUCAUAAUUGAUCAUGCUUGGACAUACACUAUUUCCCAAGCAAAAAGUCAACUAAAGCAAUUUCCAAAAUUAAGACACAGAUUGUGUGCCAUGUUAGGAAUUGAUAUGAAUUUACCUAUGGAUCAAUCAGCAGAGGCUAUCUAUGAAAAUAUGUGGAAAAUAAACAAUAGUUACUCUGUGAGGUCAACAGAUGGGGCUGACCAUAUGCCUGUGUGGUAUAUUAUGGAUGAAAUUGGGUGUGCCAUUCAACAUAGUGAUUUACCUAAUUGUAGAAUCGCGCCUUUUGUCUACUUGCCUGAAGGAAUAACUUUUUCUUUGUUAUUUCCUUGUAAAAAUAUUAAAAAAGGUGAACUAAUAUACCGUGACUAUAGUGAAGGUAUUACAGACGAAAUUGCCAGAAAGGCAGCUCUACUUCCGUGGAUUUAUACUUCUUUUGAAAAUAUAAAUGCCAAACCAGAUAUACCAAAUGCUUUGUAUUAUUUAAGUGGUCAUGUUCAAGAAUAUUUACCGGACUUGGACAGAUCAAACAUAAACUUGACCAAGAAGGAUAAAUACAUGGUUUUUUCUGAAUAUAGUUUAAUAAAAACUUUUCUUACUGAUACAAAAUUUGAAGUAACUGAGGAUGAAACAGAAGCAGAUAUUUUAUGGUACAUUAAACAUUUCCGUGACUUUAAAUCUCUUAGUGAAAAACCACAAUUUAUUAAUCAGUUCCCAUAUGAAUAUAUAAUUACAGUUAAAGAUCUUCUGUGUAUGACAUGUCGAAAAUAUAAAAAUAAUAUUGAAACUGCUCCAUGGUUUCCCAUAACAUAUAACUUAUGCUCAGAAAUUGGUAAUUUUGUAAGAUACUUUGAAGAACGUGAAAAAGAAGGCCUGGAUAACUACUGGAUUGUAAAACCAUAUAAUCUAGCUAGAGGAAUGGACAUUAAUAUUACAAAUAAUUUGAAUCAAAUUAUGAGGCUUCCAUCUACAGGACCCAAAAUAGCUCAAAAAUAUAUCAUUAAUCCUGUACUGUUCUAUAGGGAUGAUUGUGAAGGCCAAGUAAAAUUUGAUUUAAGAUAUGUUGUGUUAUUAAAGAGAGUGAAACCCCUACAAGUUUAUGUUUAUAAAAAUUUAUUUUUAAGAUUUGCGAAUAAACCCUAUGGACUCAAUGAUCUUGACGAUUAUGAAAAACACUUUACUGUUAUGAAUUAUAGAGAAAAUGCAGAAUUGAAACACAUGACCUGUGAAAAAUUCAAAUUGGAAUGGGAAAAGCAGUAUAAAAAUCAUCCCUGGACAACUAUUGAAAAGAAAAUCCUAAAAAUGAUUAGGGAAUUGAUGGAAUGUGCUACUGCCAGCCCUCCACCAUGUGGAAUAGCAGAAAAUCCACAAUCUAGAGCCUUGUAUGCAGCAGAUCUUAUAUUGGAUUGGGUUGGAACAGAAAUGCAGCCCAAGAUAUUAGAAAUGAAUUUCAUGCCAGAUUGUGAACGGGCUUGCAAUUAUUAUCCAGAUUUUUACAAUAACAUUUUUACACUUCUAUUCACAGAUGAAGAUUGUAAUGACAUAUUCUUCCAUUUGUAACUGAAGAACAUUCACAUAUUAAAAAAAAAACAUUUA